GUGAGCGUCAUGGCGGCUUCUUGCCCUCUCCCAGUGACCCAGGACCUCCCCACGCUCCGUGCCAAGUUGCAGGGACUGCUGCAGUUCCUGAGGGACGCCCUGUCCAUUUCCAGUGCACAUACGGUGGACUUCUACACAGAGUCCGUGUGGAAGGAGCUGGUCGACUUGCCGCCGGAGACUGUUCUGGCGACUCUGAAGAGAUCGGCGGCAGAGGCGGAGGCCCGGCCCUCCGAGGCUCGCCCCCUGGCGGAAGCCGAGAGAGGAGCAGGUAUUACUGAUUUUCCCAAAAUAUUUUGUGAAACUUCUCAGAAGCUGGUGAGUGUGGAAGCCUUUGCUCUGGCUGCAAAAUAUUAUUCUGUACAAAACUUGGGAAUAUGUACUUCUUUUGAACAGUUGCUUGUAGCCCUUCAAGGAAAUCAAAAACAGAGAACUGGUGCAUAUGUGAAGCCAGCUGAGUUUAUGAAUAUGAAAAAAUCUCAUGAAGUUCAGGCAAUGUCAGAGCUUGUCAGCAGUAUUGCUGAUUAUUAUGGAAUAAAGCAGGUAAUUGACGUGGGUUCUGGUAAAGGCUACCUAAGCUCUUUUUUGUCCUUGAAGUAUGGCUUAAAAGUUUAUGGAAUUGAUUCCUCCAAUACCAAUACUCAUGGAGCUGAAGAGAGAAACAGGAAGUUGAAGAAACAUUGGAAACUCCAUUAUACUCAGUCAAGAUUAGGUGUCAAUGAACUGGCAUUAAAAAUGGCAAAAGAAAAGAAAGUACAAAAUGAAAUUAAAUAUAAAGCAGAUAUUGAGGAAGUAUGUAACUACAGUCUUACAAAUCAGGAAAAGAUGUCUACCUCAGAUUUUUUGCCAGAUUUUACAGGAUGUGUAAUUUCUAACAUCAGAAAUCAAAUGGAAAACCUACAUGCUCAGCCACAUCAAGAAGAAAAUUUGUCUUUUGGAAAUGCCUUUUCUCUUCUAGACUUUUUGCCUGUUAAUGCCAUAGAGCCUACUUCUUCACUGCAAUUACCCAACAGAGAAAUGCCUGAAGCAAGUAAAGAGAAAAGAAAAAUGACAUCGAAUUCAAGUGAAUCAAAUAUAUAUUCACCUUUAACCUCUUUUAUCACUGCUAAUUCAGAACUACAUGACAUUAUUAAAGAUCUGGAGGAUUGUUUAAUGGUGGGUCUACAUACUUGUGGUGAUCUUGCUCCAAAUACUCUGCGAAUAUUUACUUCCAAGUCUGAAAUCAAGGGAGUUUGCAGUGUGGGUUGUUGCUACCACCUCUUAUCUGAAGAGUUUGAAAACCAGCAUAAAGAACGUGCUCAAGAAAACUGGGGCUUUCCAAUGUGCCACUAUUUAAAGGAAGAGCAAUGGUUCUGUGGUCGUAAUGCCAGAAUGUCAGCAUGUUUGGCAUUGGAGCGGGUUGCAGUUGGCCGAGGGCUACCUACUGAAUCACUCUUCUAUCGUGCUGUUCUUCAGGAUAUUAUUAAAGAUUGUUAUGGCAUCACCAAAUGUGAUCGGCAUGUUGGUAAAAUUUAUUCCAAAUGUUCUUCCUUUCUGGAUUAUGUCAGAAAAUGUCUAAAGAAACUUGGAUUGGAUGAGUCCAAGCUGCCAGAAAAAAUUAUAAUGGACUACUACGAGAAGUAUAAGCCUAGAAUGAUUGAGCUGGAAGCUUUUAAUAUGUUGAAAGUUGUUCUGGCUCCUUGUAUAGAGACAUUGAUUCUUCUGGAUCGACUUUGCUACCUGAAAGAACAGGAAGAUACUGCAUGGUCUGCACUUGUGAAGUUGUUUGAUCCUGUGAAAUCUCCCAGAUGUUAUGCUGUUAUUGCUCUGAAGAAGCAGCAAUGAUUUCAAU